AUGAUGAUGGUGGUGGAGCGGGAUACAUUACCUACGGGUAAUGUGGUUGUGGAAAUAGGAGAUGGCUAUGGUGGUGGUUUGGGGAGAUAUGGAGCUAGAGUUGAGUCUACAGUAGUAGGGGUGUUUAAUAGGGGUAUAGUCGUGGUUGCCAUGAGGUGGUUUGGUGGGAGUUAUGGUGUUCAAUGUGGAGAAGGAGUCAUGGUUGGUAGAGUCCCCGGUGGUGUGUUAGGGAGCGUAAACUGUUGUGAUUGGUUUGAAGGAGGGUCUGUAGUUAGGAUGGUGGCUAGCGUGUUCGGUUGGCGGUUGAGAGAGAUAAAGAGUGUACGGUGUUUGGCUUAG